AACAAUUGCUCGUUGUCGUGGCAACGCAAUGCAAGCAAACUUCUCCUUCCCAUCCUCUGCUAGCUGUUGUUAGCGCUGUUUUCAUCACAUCAGUGACAGUAGUUUACAGUUUACAAGGUUUAAACGUGGACGUUUCCAAAGAGAGUCAUGUUUGCUGAGGCUCGGGGUCCAGAACUGUUGGGUUCAGGAGCACCAUGGGAGCCCUCCAUGGAUGGAAAAGAUAUCACACAUGCAAAGUUGGGCCACAGCAGUCCAUGUCUAUGUCUGUGGCAGUGCUAUUAGGCAAGCAGGACCCAAGGAUCUACCAAAGGCAGAGGAGUGAAAAUCGCCCACGAAAAGCUUCCAGCCGAAAAAGCUGCUUCUUAGGUCUCGAAACAAAGCCAGAGCUGAUAUGGGAGGACUGGGACCUGCAAAGAGAGCUCACCAAGACAUUGGUGUUAAAGAAUACACACAGCAAGCUGCAAAAACUACAUGUCAGGCCACCUGUGUCCAAGUUCUUCACCACCUUGAUACCCAAGAUCAUUUUUCUCAGUCCAGGGGUCUCUGUCUCAGUGCCAAUCACCUUCACACCACUGCAGAGGUGUGAGUAUGAAGACAACAUUGAGUUUCAGUGUAAAGAUGGAAGCUUCCAAGUCUGUCUCCGUGCGACCCUUCCCUGUCUUACUCUGGAGGUUCCAGACUCUGUGCUGCUGCCGGUCUGUGCUGUCCAACACUCCUCUCUUACCACUUUCCUGCUCAGGAAUGUGAGUAAACUACAGACAUACUUCCAGUGGGAGAGCUCUCUACCGUUCCACCUAAACCCAGAGGAGGGCUCUCUGAAGCCAGGCCAAGAGUGUGAAAUCACUGUGGUCUUCCAACCACAAGAGGCGCUGGUGUACCAGCAACAGGCCUACUGCAGGUUUGGGGAGGAAGAGGACCAGGUGGAGAGCUUUUGCACUGUGCUGCUGCAAGGACUAGCCAAGUACCCAUGUCUACAGCUGAGAACUCCUGGGACCAAGUAUGACAAACAACUGCUCAGUCUGCACUUCAGCUCUGUAGCAGUCGGCCAUAGUCUGCAGAAACGCUUUGAGGUUUUCAACCCCUCCCCUGUACAUGCCUUUUUCUCAAUUUCACCACUCUCCGAUGACGUGCCUUUGUUGGGGUCAGAAUUCAGCUGUGUUCAGAGCAAGGUUGAGGUAGCACCAGGUGGAUCUCUUCAGGCUACAAUCACGUACACCCCUGCUGUGGUGGACGUAAGCUCUGUUGAGUACUUCUCUCUAAAAUGUAGAGGAGCACUUAGUGAGCCUCUGCUCAAACUCACUGGAAACUCUAUAGGUCCCGAAGUGUCCUUGUCUUCCUCCGUUUUGGACUUCGGCUGUGUUGAGGAAGGACGAACGGUCAUACGCACACUGGAACUGGUUAAUUCUUCCUCUGUUGAAGCUAUCUACCAAUGGGACCUUGACUGUAGUGGGCAUAGUGUGUUCAGAAUAUGUCCAGCAAGUGGCACUGUAAACCCACAUAGCCACAUCACACUGAAGGCAGUUUAUAGGCCCACACUGCCUAUUGCACAUCACAGGAGAGUGGCUUGCCUCAUACUGCACAGGGAACCCAUGUUCCUUGACCUGAUUGGGACUUGUCACUCAGAGCUCCAGAAACCAGUCGUUCUGAAACCUGAACACUUGGUUUUGUACAAGCUCCACUGGUGCCGUGGACAGGAUCUGUCUGAUACUCACAGUGCCGUGCAGCAAGAUCAAAAUGUACACCCGGAUCAACAAGGAGAGCUCAGCCCUCUGCAGGAGUCAAACCAGUCAACAACUUCUAUGGAGGAAUAUUUCCAGUCUAGCUUGGGAUGCAUGGAUCCACAAUCUUGUAGUUCAUCUUCAUUUUCUCCACAUGUAUCUGUGGUGCCUUGUGAGCUUUUGUUUAACCACAAAACAUCCUCAUCUUUAACUGCUUCAUGCUCCUCUGCUCAGUCUGUGUCCAUCACCAACCACACCAGGGGGAAACUCAGCCUAGCAUGGACUGCAGCCCAAGACUCCCCAUUCUCUGUCUCACCCUCCUCAUGGGACCUGGCUCCUAUGAAGUCCACCUCAUUCCGCGUGAACUAUGACCCCAAGCAGAUCAACACUCUUCACGAAGCACAACUUGAGUGCUUUGCAUAUUUUAAGGAAAAUCAUCACCUAGAGGGGCAACUGCUGUGUCCACCCUGGUCUGUGACUGUCAGAAUCAUAGGUCACUCCUUUCAGCCAGGCAAAGAGCAUUUUGCCCCACGCUGCUCACUAAAGCCCCAUCGAGUGGUAUUCCCAGCUCUCAGUGUUCUUUCCUAUCGGACAGUCCUUCUCCAGAAUUGUGGCGAGCUCCCCCUCACUUUCUGUCUGGACCAUACCUCAAACUCUGCUCUGGCAGAUUCGGUCUCUGUAGCGCCCAGCUGUGGAUUGAUCCAGCCUUUGAAUCACCAAAUCCUCACCCUCAGGACAAUUCCCUCAGAAGACAAUCCCAAACAGGAGCUCAGUUUACGCCUCCAGCUCAAUGCAUCAAAACACACUCAGGAACUGGUUGUAGUCAGUGUGGUGGAAAAGAUGCGUGUGUCCCUGGAAGGAGACGGCAGUUUGUAUUUCCAGCCGACAGCUGUGGGCUCACAGACUCAGCGCUCUCACCACAUCAGGAACCUCAGCAGCCUACCUCUACGUUUCAAAUGGAGCAUUUCAGAGCCAGACCAGGAGCUUAUCUGUGUUGAACCAGAUGCUGGGGAACUGCAGCCAAAUGAGCGCUCAGUUCAGAUCUGGUCCUUCAGCCCCCUGGAGGAAAAAAAAUACACACUUAAAGCUACUCUCACCUUCUGGCCAAUCCAAUCACCUGGAUCAAGCAGAUCUCACCUCCCCCUUAAAGUGGUUGGAAUGGGCUCUAAAGGCUUCUUAAAGGCAAAGACAGAAGUUCUGGAUGUUGGGGAGAUACUGGUCGGAGGCUAUCGCUCAAUUGAGGUUCCUCUGGUGAACAGCAGUCCUUGUCCUGUCUCAUUUCGUCUCUCUGUGCAGCAGACUCUUCUGGAUGAGGAAUCCAUUCAUGACAUCCAGACUGUGCCAAAAGACCUAAAGCUGGACCAUGAGAGGGGAACAGUGUCCUCACACUCGACAAUGCCCCUUCAACUCACUGUGAGACCUCACAAACGAGCCCAGUACCAGUGGAUCAUCAGCUACCAGACACUGAGUGCCAGUGGAAAUGUGUUAUCCCCCACCCAAGCAGUGUGCCAAGUGCUUGCCAAGGGUGUAUUUCCCACUCUAAAGGUUAUUGAUGUGUGCAGUGGCGGCAUUGCAGAAAGACUCAGCAAGGUGCAUCUGUGGAAACUCUUCUCACUUGACAGAUUCAAUGAGCACCUGCUUUCCAACCCCUCCUCUGUAGAGCUCACUUACAGGACCCCUACCAGGCACAGUACGCGCUCCUCUCCCUCCAUCUUCACUCAAACAUUGAUGGAUUUCAACUUCAGUGCUGCUCCCCUGCAUUCAGACCCUUCAACUUUUAUGUUAAUGUUCCAUAACCCCGGCUCCCUCCCUGUGGAUUGGGCCUUCUUGUUUCCAGAGGACCAACAGAUAGAGCUGGAAUACUGGGCUGAGACAGGAGAGUUUAGCAACACUGAGCUGUACCAGAUGAAGGUUCAGGACAAUCGUUUGUUCAGCAUUUCUCCUUCCUCUGGAACUUUGCUCCCUGGCCAGCAGAGGGCAGUAUGCCUCAGCUACAGCCAUGACUUUGCUGGGACUGAUCGAUUUCCUGUUGUGUUCAAAAUUUCUCAUGGUAGAGAAAUCCUGCUGAACUUUCAGGGGGUGACAACGGAAACAGACAGACCAUAUCUCCACUUUAGCUCCAAACGACAUGUCUUCACUUCUGUAACAAUUGGGGACUGUAAUCCUCCAAGACAGGUGUAUGAACUACACAACGGUGGUGCAGUGCCAGUCCAUUAUGAGGUGGACAGAACAAUCUUACUACAGCUACAGGUGGACAACUUCAACCAUCCAUUGCUGUGCUGCCUCAAUCCAGAGGACGUAGUCCAACCAGGAGAGACAGCCAUGCUAGAGUGGAUUUUCUUUCCAUUAGAGGCUAAGGUGUACCACAUGGAUAUUCUUAUACAUGUUCAAGAUGGAGACUCCACACUGGUGAGGUUUGAAGGAUGUGGUUUAAAUCCUCCAACACUGUGCUCUACAAACCGAUUGAAGUUCAAUGACAGUAGAAAUUCUGAGCUCUGUGUCCAUAGGCUGCCCUUCCCGGGUCAGGUGGUAUUCCUGUCUGAGAACAGUGUAUCUCUGGGAAACAUACUUGUUGGUUCACGAUCUUCAAGAAUGCUCUGCCUGACCAAUGUGACCCAUGCAGACACUGUCCACUAUACAUGGGACCAGCAGAGCAAUCAGCAGGUGGUGCACAUCCAUCCAAAGCAAGGUAUUUUGCAUCCAGGUGACAGUGCUGUUUGUUUUCUUACCUUCACCGCUACUGACUACCCCUCGGACUACCAGCUGGAUGUCAUCUGUCAGAUAAUGCAGGAAGCUGCACUGAUUCGUUACCAAGUUUCUCUGCAGCGUUGGGAGGAAGAGAAAGAGAGACAGCGAGUUGAGUUCACAAUUACAGACAAAGAUCUUCUGGGAUGUCAGAUGGUACUAAAAGAUAAGUUACAGGAACCUGUGGCAGCUUCAGUCAGAAAAGGGCCAGCGCUCAGGAAAUACAAGACUCUUCCAGCUAUCUGUGCCAGAGCUGGUCGUCAAACAGAGGUUUGUAAUAAGCUAACAAGAGCAGAGCGAUGGCUGCAGCGAGAAGCGUCAAAAGUGUGGUGUCGCCCUGAAGCCCCCCAACCUUCUCUGCUGCAUCUAGGCAUUACAGCACGAUCCCAUGGGCUUCUGGACUACCUUACCCACUUCCCGGAUCAGUGCAAUGAGCAGUAUGAAUGCCGUCAGUUGGUGAUGCCUCACACAUCUGAAACGACUGGCCUGUCCUCAGUGACACAUGGCCCUGACAGUGAAGUCAUCAUGGAAGUUCUCACCUCUGUGCUCAGGGACAUCCUUGAUGACUCAGCCUUCACCCAGUCUCUGAUCCCCUUGGCAUCCAAGCCUAAUACAUACCGCCUUCCAGAAACGACUCCCUCACAACCCUCCCUCCCUUCACUGCCCCGUCCAACAUCUGCACCUCACCCUCAGGUUACAUCGAGUGUGACAAUGGCUGUGCAGCAAGAACAGCACAACCCAGUGGACAGUCAGUGCACCGCAGGAGGUUCAGCAAAAAGGCCCCAAACAGAAACCGCACUGCACAGGAGUCAUGUGCCUGCUGACAUCAGUGAAGACGUGCUGCUAAACACCAUCCAGAACCUGAUGAUGGAAGCUGUCAGAGGAGAGCUUGUACUUACAGCACACCCCCGCUCUGUUAAUCUGCCACCUGUUUCACCCAGGUGAAGAUAGACACGCAUUGUACACACUUACUGAAGCUCUACAGUGUUCCUCUCUUUAAUGCAGCUGUCAGAAAUAAAAUAUCAAAAACUUCA